AUGAAGGUCACUGCUAUCCUCUACACUCUCAUGGCUGCCGCCGCCGUCAGUGCUUCCGCAGUCCCUGGUUCUAGCUUCGAGAUUCGGGACACCUGCGGCGCAGGCUAUGGCGGUGACCAAAGACGUACAAACAGUGCUUGCAAUGCCUCGAACGGAGAUAGACAUUUCUGCGGGUGUGACAGGACAGGCGUGGUCCAGUGCAAGGGUGGCAAGUGGACAGAGAUUAAAGAUUGUGGUAGAGGCACCUGCCACGGUGGCAACGACGGUGGAGCCGUGUGCUAG